UCUCGCCCACAGAAGAAGAAGAGCAGAUCGGCGUGAGAAUCAGUAAGCAGAGAUAUCUGAGAAUUUGGCAGGAGGAGGAGGAGGCAGGAGGAGACAUGGAAGAUGUCCUAACAGAGAUUCCCCCACCAUCAAGGUUCUUUCAGGAAGAUCUCAACAACUUCGCCCCUCCGUCACCCCCUCUCCCGUCUCCCUUCCUUGUGUUUUCUAACCCUAAACCAAAUGAACCUCUCCGCCCCUCUCUCCUCAUCGUGGCCAUAUCUUCCCCAUCCCUAUAUCUCUUCCAUCAACUCUCCUCUAAAACCCUUAUUGGAACUCUUAUUCUCCCUGAGAUCCCUUUCUCUGGAAACUCUAUUGAACCCUCUCUUGGACACAAAUCCUGCAACAUCUACACACAUAAUGAUGCUCAUGAUUCAAUUAUCAUCAUCUCUGUUCAGUGCUCCAUUGCUGCCCACAGAUCUAACGUUGUUGCCAAGUUGCUGAUUGGAGAAAAAAUCAUUCCUGAGAGGGUUCUGAUAUUGGAUUCUGUUCAGAGUCAAAGCUUCCGAGGUAAGCUGUCACCAGAUGAGACAUUUGCUUUCAAGCUGGAGACAUCAUCAGAAAGAAAAGGGCUGGAUGAUUCAUCGUUGUUGAAGGGUAUAAACUAUUUUCCAUCAGGAAGUGUUGUAGAUGGCUUGGCAGCUGCUCUGCUGGGCCGAUGCCAGAUGAGGAACAUCAAGGGAACUCUCUGUGUUUCGUGGCCUCAAUUUGGUGGGGCUGUGGUGUCCCUGCUUAAAUCUCUUCUGCAGAGGAAUGUGUUGCCAGGUUUGGACUUGAGCAUAAAUGCUGAUGGUGUGGUUAGCUGGACCAAGGAUCAUUCUUUUGAUUCUGAGUUGUACACCUAAUGAACUAGGUUUGAGAUGCUUUUUUUUCCCCUGUUGUAUAACUGUUUCAAUAAAUUUUAUUCCUUUUUUUGUACUGUCAUAAGAUUUGAAAAGAAUUCAUGACCAAGUAGGAUCUUAUUUUUUCCCUUUAUGAUGCCAAGCUCUAAUAUUCGGCAUUCAA